AUGAGCGAACAAGUAGUGGAGUGGUUUAGGCCCCUUCUUGGGGCUCAACAAUGGGACUAUGUUGUCGUUUGGAAAUUGGGUGAUGACCCUUCCAGGUUUAUUGAAUGGAUGGGCUGCUGUUGUAGCGGUGGAAAUGUCAAAGAAGAGAGAACAGAAAAUAGCCACUUAAGUUCACUUUGCAGGGACACUUGCUUGAAGCAUCCUGUGAGGACAAAGGCGUGUGAGGCUCUUUCUCAGCUUCCUUCCUCAAUGCCUUUAUAUUCUGGAGUUCAUACAGACGUGGUGAUAUCAAGACAACCCAGAUGGCUCAGCCAAGUUGAAGGCUCGGAUUCAUAUCCUUCACAUAAUUUUUCUGGAACCUUGGCACUAAUCCCAGUUGAGGAUGGACUUAUUGAGUUAUAUGCUACAAAGAAUAUACCAAAGAAUCAAAAAGUUCUGGAGCUGAUUUUAGCUCACUGCAAUAGCUCAUUGAAACAAGAAAAUCUUGAUAUACUGCCUCAAAAGUGCGUACAGAAACAACCAUCUUUUUCGAAUUUGUUAAGCCUCGGUCCAAGGUCAGGGGUUUUUCAACAAGUAAGCCGAUCCGGUUCGCAUACUAGCACUGAGGGACCAUCCAAUGCCAGCAGUUCAAACAUUUCUAAUGAACAUCUGUUGUUUGGUUCAAACUGCGUUUACGAGUCUCAAUAUCAACCUUACAAAUCGUCAUAUGAGAAUACCUCUGAGUUGAAAAAACUGGACUACAAUGAAGAUUUCUUGAAGCAACAAUCGAGUUUGGUUUCGGGCUGUGAAGCAGAGAAAACUGCUAAGAAAGUUACCAAGAGGAAAGAAAGAGGGAGCUACAAGUCGACGAAUCUUAUUUCGGAGAGGAAUAGGAGGAAGAGGAUUAAAAUGGCGCAACUCACUUUACGUUCUUUAGUACCAAACAUAACCAAGAUGGAUACUGCAUCAAUUAUCGGAGACGCGGUUAAUUAUAUAAGAGAGUUGCAGAAGGAAGAAAAGGAACUCCAGGAAGAGCUCAAGAAAAUGGAAGAAGAAGAAGAAAAAGAGCUCCAAAAGAGCAAAGAUCGGCUUGCAAUCCCCGAGUCAAACGAGGCCAAAUUUGUCACAAGUUGCUUGCCUCCUGCUGCGAAUAAUCCUACCUUUGGUCAAAAAAUGAAGACAGAGAUGCAAGUGGAUGUGAAGCAAGUUGGAAAAAGAGAAUGUUUUAUUAAGGUCUUCUAUGAGCAUAUGCAAGGAAGCUUUGUAAGGUUGAUGGAAGCCAUAGAUUCUAUAGAGCUUCAAGUAGUUAACUGCAACCUUACCACAUUUAAUGGCAGAGUCCAAAACAUACUUGAGGUUAAGGCAGAUAAGGACAUCCAGGCAGUGAGAUUGAAAAAUUUAUUGAUUGAGCUAGUCGGUUAG